UCCACCCUCCGCUUUGCAGAUCACCGUAUUGGUCGCUGGGAUGGAGCGGCGACUGCGUUCCAGCGAGCGGUUAGCGCAUGAUCAUGCGUUUGGCCGGUCCUUGCGUGGGAUGCUGUACAAGUCAGUGGAAUAAAAGUGGACAGGUGUAGCGCGCCUUGUUGAAUUGGAGAUUCUAAGAAAAACGCCAAGACACUGUCAUCUUACCUUAUUCGUGAGCGCACAGCAGCCACUGGCUGCGUCCAGUAUCUGCAGCCGUGAAGGGUUUCCCCCCCUCCCGCUGUAAUAUUUAUGACAAAACGGAGGCAAAUUAUUCUGGUCACGUUUUUGGCUGACAGCCGGCUGUCCUGGAGAGCGCUGGAGUGAAUCGGGGGUCCAGUGCUCGAGAAAGCGCAGCGCACCGACACCUGCAGUAGGAUGUAAAGGGAAUUCCCAUUAACCAAGCUGAUACAACCACAGCUCCUCCAUCGCUGUCUCAAUUUGAGCCAGAGGAAAAGGGAACAGAACAUGAUCAGGUACGGCGGCAUCUGUUGCUAUGUGUAAAGGACUGCUGUGGCGUCAAUGGAGACCGAAGGCUAUCGUGACCUCCUGGAGACCAGUGAUGGCCAGGGGGUAGGCCUGCUGGAUGGAGGGGGUGAAGUGGGUGUGGAGGAGGGCUGGAGCACACCCUACCCUCUGGGAUUCCAGGUGUCUCUGACCACUGUGCUGAUGCUGGAGCUUGUGUUAGGCUUUAGCAGCAACCUGACCGUACUUGUGCUCUACUGUGCUCAGUCCAAUCUGGUGGAUUCAGUCAGCAACCUGGUCACAGUCAACCUCCAUGUGCUCGACAUACUGGUCUGCGUGCUGUGUGUGCCACUCACUGUGGCUGUGAUCCUGCUACCACCGAAUGAAAAUGGAGUUAGCAGCCUGGCCACACUUUGCUGCUUUCAUGAGGCCUGUGUGACGUUCACCAGUGUGGCUACGGCAGUCAACGUGUUAGUAAUCAGUUUGGACCGAUACGACAUCUCAGUGCGUCCAGCCAGCCGUCUGCUGACCCCCAGACGUGCCGCGCUGCUCCUGGCAACAGUGUGGGCUGUGUCGCUGGCUGUUUUCUUCCUGCCUUUUCUUGAGGGGGACUUCUUCUCAUCAAGGGCUGAGGAUGGUGAACACGAGGAGCUGGAUAGGCAGAGCAAUGACUCUCAGCUCGUCACUGGACAGACCACCAUUUUUUCCUCCCUGUCACCUUCCUUAUUACCCCCAACUACACCACCAUCCCCUUCACAACACCUGCCUCCAGUAUGGCAGAACAGGACAUUGCUUUGUGUUGGAGGGCAGGGGUAUUACACAGGCUUGGCUAUGUAUUACCAUUUGCUCCUCCAAGUGCCCUGCUUCUUUAUCGCAGUGGCAGUGAUGUUGUUCACAUACUCCCGGAUCCUACAGGCCCUCAAUAUCCGCAUUGGCUCUCACAUGAUGAGGAGUACACGUGCUAAGGACUCCACCUGCAGGAUACGCUGCAGGAGACAGAGGAAGAAGGACUUGAGCCUGCCUACAGAGGUAGUGUCCUCCAACCAGAACCAGAACCUCAGCCAUCCUUCCCUCGUUCCCUCACCCACCCCUACACCGACAUCACCCCCGCCACUCUCCUCCAUGCCCCAAGGAAUGUCUGACAGUGGAGCAACAGUCACUACUGUCAGCACUGCUGCGACCACCCCCAUCGCAACCACACCUGCUACCCCUGUUUCUCCAACUCCACCUUCAGCCUCAGCUCAGACCCACGCCAACACACCUCUGCCUGCGUCCUCCAUGGGUGUACAGGCCUCAGUUUCUGCCAUUAUCGCUUUGCGGCGAGCAGUGCGGAGGCACAGGGACCGUCGGGAACGUCAACGUCGCGUCCUAAAAAUGUCCCUAAUCAUCAUAUCCACAUUCCUUGGCUGCUGGGCUCCUCUGUCUGCAGUCAAUGUUUUAAUCCUGUGUAUGGGUCCAAGCGACAGCCUGGUGCGGCUCCGUCUGUGCUUCUUGGCGAUGGCUUAUGGAACCACCAUCUUUCAUCCUCUGCUUUACGCUUUCACCAGGCAGAAACUGCGCCGUGCACUCAAAACACGCGUUAAGAAAAGGGUCGUUUCACUUCUGCAAGUGGACCCGGCUCCAAGUGGGGGGACAGUUAUUCAUAACUCUUGGGUGGAGGGAGGAGGCCAGAGAAAGAAUCGCAAGUCACGCGUGGAGGCCAGUGAUGGCACUGAUCGAUGCCUCACAGAGGCAGUGCGGGAAUGAGGCUGGUCUUCAGGGCUGGUCUUCAGAGUGUGGAUGUGUGAGUAAGUGUGUGAAUUUGAAGAACUAUAUGUAUCUUACCAAGAUGGAUUGUAUAGAUGGAGUGUAAUGAUCCAUGGGGUAUGAGGAAAACUGACAACCAGCGAGCUUAUAAAGGUCAGGAGAAAUUCCACGGCCUCUUGGUCCAUGCAGAUGAGGAGACACAUGAGCUCUAAUUAGAGUCUGCUCUCUUCUCACCUUUCAAAGGCCGUCGUUAGCCCAAUGUAUCUCUGUGGCAAUACUAGUCAAAAAUUUUUAUGACAUCAUAGCCAUGAAUACUCGCGUCCACCCCACAUGUAGGGUAAAGGAUAGAUAAACACAAAUACAUACAGUACAAUGUUGCUCCUGCGUGCACUUUCAACUUGCAUGUGCAUGUACAUAUGCACAGAUAGAUACACGCACACUCAUACACUUCCUGCACACUUAUCUAUAUUUAAUCAUUAUCUGUGAAAGCACACCAAUAUCUACCUGCACAGAUAUUCUCAGUGACAAAAAAUAUUAAUGGAAGUCUCUGUUUCCCUUUCUUUCCUUUAUUUUUUCAUGCCUUAAUUGAGUUAUUAGUAUUCUUAUGGUGCUGAUUGUCCUGCUGUAUGUUUACAACAAUGUUUCAACUUAGAGUGAAAGUGUUUGCAUAUAGAGAAUCAGAGGCAGAUAAAUGCAAGCAUUAUUCAAAGUUUACAGGCUCAUACUAAACCAGGAAACUGCAAAAAAAGAUAUGAUUUUCAAUAAGCACCCUAUUUUAGAAUAAUGUGUGCAAGUAAAAAUUAAAAGGCAUGAGUUUUUUUUUUAUUUUAAAUAAACUUUAAUGAUCAUGGUUAUGGAGAAUAUUUGUAUGAUAAGUGUUUGCGAGUAUGCACGUGUGACUGCAAAAGAUGUGUGGUUGCGUAAAUGAACAAAUGUGUGCAUGUGUCAGUGAUUAUGUGCAAUAAAUGAGCAAAGCAAUGACCCGCAGGAUGUGAACAAAGAGAGUUUGAACAUAGACCUUUUGGCCUUCUAUGUAUAUUUAAUGGAAAUGUGAAAAGAAAAGGAUUUAAUCCUCUGAUUAACAGAAAAAAAAGCUGCUGGACAUAAAUGCAAAUGAUACAGAGAAUUUGUCACUAAGUGUAAAUGGUAGGCCACUGCUGAAGAUACUGCUGAAAAAGGAUCAUUUCACUUUUAAAGUGGUAAUUAAAGGGCAAUUUUUAGUGAAAACUUCAAUAUUUAAAAGGCUCUCAAGUCACAGCAGGUUAACGAGCAUGAUGAAUGUAGUUUCUCAAGUUCAUCAUGCUCGUUAACCUGCUGUGAAACAAUGGUGAAACAACCACAGACAUGAGACAUCUCCUUGUGUUAGCUGUUUGUUGCUCUGUAUGGCAGAAUCACUGCUUUUGGUCUAAAGUUUGAAUGACCACAGAGACAGGCAGCCUCUGGAUUGAGUCCCGGACUUGUUACACAAUAUCGGUGUCUCUUUUUCUCCUCAGGGCUUCGUGUCGAAUUCCCAGACUUGCUGGACAAAAAAAAACAAAUAAAAAAAACAAUGAAAAACAAUAAACCAGCCCUCAAUCAACUGUUGUAUUAUGGGUGUUGCAGUAGGUAAAAUUUCUGUCUACUAAGUAUAUAGACCACACUUUUAACUUUGUAUGGACUCAAGACUUAGAGUGCUCCUUCGGAGGGCUUUGGGCUAUCUCCUCUUUCAUUCUCACCCCUUUUACACUAUUUGUGAGCCAGACAGAAGGCGGUAAUUCUUGUGUAUUCAUGUAUAUUUUUCAGGGAUGUAAAUACUAAAGAGUCUGAGUUAGGUUUUAGUCAAAAUAAAUAAAUCUUUUACUUUGGCCACAAUCAUCUGCCGGACAGAAAGUCAGCCAUUGUGAUAAACUCUUGGUGAGCAGGAAGGUUACUGUAAAGAGAAGAUACAUGUAAGUGAAUUUGUGUUAAUACUGUAUGUGUGUACACUGUACUGUACAUUUAUGACGAUGUGUAUAGAGAAAUAUUAGUAUUGUAUAAGAUUUAUAAUAUGUGUUAUUGUAUAGAGCAGAAGA